AUGAUGCACAUGACCUUCUAUUGGAGCAAAAAAGUGACUCUCCUCUUCGAUUCAUGGAAAACCGAUUCAUGGACGAGUUACACACUGAGUCUACUCGCUUGUCUCAUCGUCUCCAUUUUCUACCAGUUGCUCGAGAAUCGCCGUAUUCGCCUCAAGCUUUUGGCCUCCGGAAAGCCGUUUCCGGCGCAGAUCGAGGCGCCUCUUCUUCGACGGACAUUCGCCGGAAGUGGAGCUAAAUUAGGCGUGAGAGUCGCCGGGGCGGUUCUGUUCGGGUUAAGCUCGGCGAUCGGGUAUUUCUUGAUGUUGUCUGUUAUGUCGUAUAACGGUGGCGUGUUUAUAGCUAUUGUUGUUGGUCUUGCGGUUGGUUAUUUGUUGUUCAGGAGCGACGGCGAAGAUUCCGUCGUCGUUGAUAGUUCUUGCGCAUGUGCUUAA